AUGGAGAAAGUUUGUGAUUAUUUUCCUAGUGAUUUGAUCACGGAAAUUGUCCAGAGGAUUUCACUUGAGACGGCUCCAAGGAUGUGCAGCCUCUCCAAAGAAUGGGCUAAAUCUUUGUGGUCUAAAUCCUUGGCGAAUCCGCGGAUUCUAUUCAUGUCACCAGACUCUCGGAACAAAACCAGUCACUUGUGGUUUCACUCGGUUCUUCAAAACAAGCCACCCGAGCUGUGGAACAAAAACCAGGUCAUGAUUCCAAGGUUGGCUUGUCCCUUUCAAUACAUCUCCUCUCAGACGGUUCGUGGUUCCAUUUGCUGUUACAACAAAACAGGGAAAUCCGCGAUAUUGAACCCUACUAGGGGAGUGUAUAAGGUGUUACCCAAGGUUAUCGAAUUAGGGCCGGCAGAUGAAACUCAUUACUCACUAGGAUUUGAUCUGGAAAGUCAUGUGUUCAAGGUCCUAUGCUUGAUUUCACGAGAAAGAGAAAGUAAAACGGAGCUUCGAAUACUCAACCUCCUUGAUGAAAACAUGCAUUGGAGAAGAGUUAACCAUACUGCACUUUUUACUACACACCCCAGCGGAAUCUGCAUAGAUGGUAAAAUGUACUUCGGAAGCCAUAUUCAUUCCAUAGUAUCAUGCUUCGACCUUAAGAAAGAAGAGCUCUUGACUAUUAAGUUACCGAUAUGGGUCAAGAGUUAUGAUAAUUUGGUGAAAGUUAAUGGAAAAUUAGCACUUACCGUCAAAGGUUCUCGACCAGGCGCUCGUAGAAUUUGGACUCUUGAGGCAGCAGGAACCUGGUCGAAACUACAAUACGAGAUUCCGCCAUUCGCUCAAAACUCUCUCAAGUGCACGUAUGAAUGUGUUGGUACCAUUGGUACCGAUAAGUUUGUAUUUACACCUUCUAGUCUCUUGCAAGAGCCUCUACAUGUCAUGUACUAUGAACCUAAAACUUCGGCUCCACUAAAGAUAAGUAUCAAUUGUGCAGUCAAUCCUCCUUCUAGGCAUGUUAGGGCCAUCCUGGAUUUUGUAGAGGUCCCAAACUUCAGCUCCACUAAAGAUUAA